CUCCUCUUCCUCCUCCUCCUCCUCCUCCUCCUCCUCCGUGUAGGCAAACAGAGGUCGCAGAGAGAGAGAGAGAGAGAGAGAAGAAACCUCCACCUCCACCUCCAGCUCCACCGCUUCAUGUUCAGCUCUCUAAUGUAGCUUCUUCAACUCGACUCUGAAAGCAAAGAAAGCAACACAAUGAGUGAGAGCAUCUAACAUCUGGGUGCGGCGUGUUUUCACAUGAGGACGCAGGUUUUUUUUUUUGCUCUUUUGUAGUUUCCUUGCAGCUGAAUGUCGAGGACAUUUUGGAUUUUUUAGAUUUUCUUUACCCAAAUUAAGGACCAUUUUUUCUUCACCUCGGGUUUAGUUUCUUUUGAGUAAAGCUAAAUACUUUUAAAACCCGUUAAAACAAGUCGUCUUCGCUGAGGAGGAAUGAGCUUAAAGAGCCAGCUUCCAGUGUCUCUUUAAGGGGCUCAACAUUAGCUUGCUUGCUAACACUAGCAAAACCCCUAUUGAAGUACCCUCAAGUCAACGCCAGCUAAUGACCACUUCUUCACAUUUUAUUCUUAUUUUUUUGGAAUAAUACCACUCUGGACAUCAUUAACUCAUCACUGACUCGACAUUAAUUCAGAUAAGCAACUUGUUGCUGUUGGAUCUAUCAUCUGCCAUCCACUGGGAUCCAGGCGCUUGAGUCCUAAAUGACAAGUGCCUGAGGAUGUCCAAGCGGAGCUUGUUUGUUCGUCUGGUGCCAUGCCGCUGCUUGCGGGGUGAGGAGGAGGCGGUAACAUCGCUGGACUACUCCCACUGCAGCCUGGAGACUGUUCCUAAGGAGAUCUUUAGCUUUGAGAAGACCCUGCAGGAACUCUACCUCGAUGCCAACCAGAUCGAGGAGCUGCCUAAACAACUGUUUAACUGCCAGUUACUCUACCGACUGAGCAUGCCAGAUAAUGACCUAACAGUGUUGCCGGCAGGGAUCUCAAACCUCAUCAAUCUCAGGGAGCUUGAUGUCAGCAAAAACAGUAUCCAGGAGUUUCCAGAAAACAUCAAGAACUGCAAAGUCCUAGCUAUUGUAGAAGCCAGUGUGAAUCCCAUAUCCAAGCUCCCAGAUGGUUUCACCCAGCUCCUGAGUCUGACGCAGCUCUACCUGAAUGAUGCCUUCCUGGAGUUCUUACCAGCCAGCUUUGGCAGGUUGACUAAACUACAGAUCUUGGAGCUGAGGGAGAACCAGUUAAAGAUGUUGCCAAAAAGCAUGCAGAAGCUCACACAGCUGGAGAGGUUGGACCUGGGGAGUAAUGAGUUCACUGAAGUGCCUGAGGUGCUGGAGCAGCUGACUGGAAUCAAGGAGCUGUGGAUAGACGGGAACAGACUGACGUUUCUACCUGGGAUGCUGGGGAUGCUAAAACAGCUGGUAUACCUGGAUGUGUCCAAGAACAACCUGGAGAUGGUAGACGAGCAAAUCUGCGGCUGUGAGAGUCUGCAGGACCUUCUGCUCUCCAACAAUGCCCUCACACAGCUGCCAGGCUCCAUCGGCUCACUGAAGAAACUGACUGCACUGAAAGUGGAUGAGAACCAGCUGAUGUACCUGCCAGACUCAGUUGGAGGACUGCUAUCUCUGGAUGAGCUGGACUGCAGUUUCAAUGAGAUCGAAGCCUUGCCCUCUACCAUCGGCCAGUGUACCAGCAUCCGCACCUUCGCUGCAGAUCACAACUUCCUCACCCUGCUUCCCCCCGAGAUGGGCAACUGGAAGAACGCCACUGUGCUGUUUCUUCAUUCCAACAAGCUGGAGUCUUUGCCUGAGGAAAUGGGAGACAUGCAGAAGCUCAAGGUCAUCAAUCUCAGCAACAACAAGUUGAGGAAUCUUCCCUACAGUUUCACUAAACUGAGCCAGAUGACUGCAAUGUGGCUGUCUGAAAAUCAGUCGAAGCCCCUGAUCCCUCUCCAGAAAGAGGAGGAUCCAGAGACGCACAAAGUUGUGCUGACCAACUACAUGUUCCCGCAGCAAACCAGGACGGAGGACUACAUUCCCAACUCCGACUCUGAGAGCUUCAAUCCAGCUCUCUGGGAGGAACAGCGCAAGCACCGAGCUCAGGUGGCCUUCGAGUGUGACGAGGACAAGGACGAGAGAGAAACACCCCCAAAGGAGGGAAACCUGAAGCGCUACCCUACACCAUACCCAGACGAGCUGAAGAACAUGGUAAAGACAGCCCAGUGUGUCGCUCACAGGCUGAGGGAGGACGAGUCGAGUGACGAGUCGGGGAAGGACGCAAAACCAGUUGAGAGGAACCACAUUGGAGUGCAGGACGUGGGAGUUAAGGUGAUAGAGGCUCCCUGUCCUAAUGGCACAGUAUCUGACAUGGAUGCGCAAUUGUCUACCGUCACAUAUACCCACAACCCCUCUGCAACAGAAGCGAAGGACACUUCAGAGUCUUACAGCUCUCAGAGGGUCCCUCUCAAAUCGUCAGAGGGCUCUAUGAUGAACCACGAGGACACACUGGAGGAUUCUGACGAGCUGUCUGAUGAAGAAGAGGAGAUGAAAAUUGCAGAGAUGAGACCCCCUCUUAUUGAGAUCUCCAUCAACCAGCCUAAAAUAGUGACUUUAAGUAAGGACAAAAAAGAUGACGCAGACUCUUUGCUGGAUGACACAGUGGCCAACAGCAACCAGAACAACAGCAACUGUUCGUCGCCGUCACGCAUGUCUGACUCGGUGUCUCUGACCACAGACAGCAGUCAGGACAACUCUCUGUGCACCCCAGAGAGAGAGGCGAAGAUGUCCUUCCUACCAAAAAGCCGGCAAGAGGAUGAGAAUAUGAACCAGCCUAAAGACACCACCCCUCUCCUCCAUAAUGGUAAUGGCUCUGAAACGUCCCUUCAGGCCCUUUUAAAAACCCAGCAGACCCCGCCAGAGAAAAUGGGCGACUACGACCUGUCCAUGGAAGCCAGGCUGGCCUUCAUCGAGAAGGGAAUUAACAACGGCAUGGGAGAAACCUACACCAAGUGGGACCAGAUCAACAUGAACGUGUCCAAGUUGCCGACCGACAACAUGGUCCAGCUGGACGAGGUGGACAAAACCAAGAAUGGUUCGGUAACCCCGGAGGACUUGGACAGCAAGCAGCAGGGUUUUAGCAAUGACAACAUGGAGCAUUUUCUGAAUGGAAACCAGCAGGUCAGCGACUGCAUCAACAGUCUGGGGAACAAAGGCCAAGCGAUGAGAGUCGAGACGUCUGCCGCGCAUGUGGCCUCGACAGGCGUGACAGCCAGCAGUGACAUGUCUCUGUCUCGCAGCACAGAGGAACUGUCUCCAGAGAAAAGGUGCCAUCCCCCGCAGGUGAUGAAGUCUCACAGUGUCAGCAACAUAGAAACAGGAGGCAUGAAGCUUUACGCCUUCGAAGGGGGUGAUGAGUCUUAUGACACAGCAGGAAUGAGGAUGGCGGGCGCCGGGCCAGGAGCUCAGGGCCAGAGCAUCGUCCGGAGCAAGUCAGCCAGUCAGUUACUCAACGACCAGACUCUCCAGAUCUACCCCGGCUCCUCUGCAUCUUCCUCAGACCUGCUCUCCUCUUCUAAGCCCCCUGCCAGCACCAGCAGAUACCCGGUCUCUUCCAGCAUGGCCAUGGGCAUCCCUCCUCCUCAGUACAAUAUACAGUACACAAGCAGUACCAUGCCUAAAGAGGGCCUCUGGGCCCAGAGGACGCCCAUGCCCCCAGAGCACCAAGGCUACCUCCCUCCUCCUCCACACUCACUAGCCAACACCAACUACUCCAACCGUAAUCAAGCACCUCCGUACCCUCUGCAGGCCCAGCAAAGAGGGCCUCCCAUGGCUCCCAAAGCCUCUGUGGACAUGUGGACAAAGGAGAGACUUCACUCUACUGGAGGCCAGGUGAGAAGCAGCACUCUGCAGAGGCAAAGCAGCACCGCCUCCACAGUCUCCAUAGGCGACCCGAGGCGCAUACAGGUGCCCGAAGGGGAGUACAUGACGUACAGGGACAUUCACACCCUCGCCAGGGGGCCGCUGGCGAUGAGCCAGGCCAUGCAGAGGCCCCUCUCGGCUCGCACUUACAGCAUCGACGUACCCGGGUCUUCCAGGACGCUCUGCGCCAGGCCGCAGCCCCACGAGCUUCCGGAGAGGACCAUGUCUGUCAGCGAUUUCAACUACCAGCAAAGCAGCCCCAGCAAGAGGCCCAACGCCAGGGUGAAGUCUGAGCACUCGCUGCUGGACGGACCUGGACAGGUGUCGGGAGGAGUUGGGCCAGGAAGGGUGCCGACUGACUGGAGAGACCAGGUGAUGCGGCACAUCGAGGCCAAGAAAAUGGAAAAGAAUGCGCUGUCUCGCUCCUAUAAUUCCCAUAACGCUCCGCUGAGCUGGUCUCACUACGGCAGCUGUAGGGAUAUGCAUGCCAGCCAGGGGUCUCUGGUCUUUAGUGCCAGGGACGGACAGCCCUACGGAGCUCUGGGCUUCUGUGACGAUGUGUUUCCACAAGGGCAGCAGAGCUACACCAUGGACCCCCACAGAAAAGUGCCUUUGAUGAACGGUCAGAUGGGCCCUUCUGUUCGUCCUCAGGUGAGCCAGGUGCCCAUGGCCCGCCACCCUUCCAGAGAGCAGCUCAUUGAUUACCUGAUGCUCAAAGUCUCCCAUCCACCCCAGGGGCCCCCACGCAUCCCCAACGACUCACUGCAGCAAGAGAUCCGUGUGAAAGUGGAGAAGAAUCCCGAGCUGGGUUUCAGUAUAUCGGGAGGAGUGGGGGGCCGGGGAAAUCCCUUUCGACCAGGCGACAAUGGUAUAUAUGUGACGAGGGUUCAACCUGAGGGACCGGCGUCCAUGAUUCUUCAGCCUGGAGAUAAAAUCAUCCAGGCGAACGGAUACAGCUUUGUGAAUAUCGAUCACGGGAAUGCAGUGGCCCUCCUGAAGACGUUUCCAAGCACUGUGGAUAUGAUUAUCGUAAGAGAAGCGCAAGCGUAGACUCAACUCAAACUGACCUCUGAAGCGGAGGGGCGCACGACAAGAGAGACGGAACAAGAGAAAUUUACGUUGACUCUCAUAUUUUUAUACACGGAGGAGACUGACCUGUUGAUACCUGUUGGGACUAUUUAUAGUAGAGAUCUUCAUAGCCUUGAUUUAAAAACGGGGAAAACCACUGAAUGUAGUGGAUCAAAGUGAGACGGCGGCAAAACCUCUGCAAGUACGAGUCCUCAAAAGGCCAUCACUGUGGUAUAUAUAUUUUUAUACAAAAGAAGCUGAAGAUAUGACCUGCUCUGAUGCAAAUAAUUACUGUGGUCUCUGUACAGAUCAUCUUUUUUUUUUGUCCAAAACUUAAAAUUAGGUUUUAUUUCUGCGGAUUGACAUGAAUUGACCACUCGGAGGGGGACAUGGCGCCCUCUCUUCUGUCAUCCAAUUUGCCUUUUUUCUUUUACUUUUUAUUCAAGAUGUUGAAACCAUUUUCUGGUCUGCCGUGCGAUCUUAUACGGAGGACAAUGUUACGUGCUUUUCAUGUGGAGACGAAUGUAGAUCAAGGAGGUGUUUUUGAGAGAGAGUUUCUCUUACAAGAUGGAAGAGUUGAGAAGAGGAAAUCAUCCACCCCUGCUUCCAUAAAACCUGUGAACGCCCCUCCAAGACGUCCUCCGUUCCCACCUAAAUAUCCUCACAGCGAACUGCUCUGCAUAUCACCUAACCAUCACCACUACCGGAGCUGUGCGGAUAAAAACAAUCCUUCACAAUAUGAAUGAAUCACAGCUGCUCAGAUUGUCGGAGAAAUGCAGUCUGCACGUGUGAUCAUUUCAUAAAGACUGGAAAAUGGAAAGGAAAUUCAAAUAUUGGGGGGAAAUGGGAGAGGAGAGGUGUAGCGUGUGUUUGCUCGGCCUUAAUCUGUUUUGCCAAGCAGAAGAUUUUGUUUAAAGUUUGACAAUUUGGGAAAUACGCUUAUUCGCUUUCAGGCGGAGUGUGAGAUGAGAGAGGUAGCUUUUCCGCCAGUAAGCGAAUAUGCGGCUUUCCUAAAAUGACAGGAAUAUUUCUUUAAGCAGGGAAAGAAACGGCGGUUAUGCUAGUUAACCAAAGCAAGUUUUGGAAAUUGUGGACAGAAGGCAAAAAGCAGGAGACAACUUGAGAAAGCUAUUUGAAUAAGAACUGGUCAACGUUUCACUCAUGUGUGUGUUUUUAUUUUUUAAGGGCUUCAUCUUUCAGGCAGACGUCGGAUGAGACGGAGUUGUUUGUUUUGGUUUCAACAUCUGUCCGUUUUUAAUUUCUUACAUGGGAGAAGACCACAGUUUGCCUUUUGUGUCUAUAAUAAUGUUUUAUCGUGCUUUUUAACUCAUCACUUUGGAGCAGUUUGUCAAUUUUUCUUUGCUGUACAGAGAGUAGAGUUUGGGAGAAAACAAGUUGUCAAGUGCCAUAGACCUUGAACUGUUUGAAUAAGGGGGAGGACCUUUGACCCCAGAAGCAAUAUCCACAACCUUCUGAGUACAUUUGCAGCAUAUAAUGGCUUAAAAAAAAAAGCAAUAUUUAAAGCCUUUAUUUUCAUUCAGAAAACAACAUCAGAUAGCAUUUUUAAAAAAACAAAACACACAAUCUUUUAGUAACCACCGAUGAUUUUACAUGAUUUUUUAUAUUGUGAGAAGAAUAAUUUUUUUGUAAUGAAAUAGCACAGGAAGUAUAUAAACGGCAGUGCGUAAAGAAAAAAAGAUUUCUCUGCAUUGUGUAAAAAGUGAAUGUUUGUGUCACUUUGAGAGCUUUUUAACCGUUUGUUGCUUUUAGAUUUACCAUAACUCCUGAUGUUCAUUCGUGCAAAAAUAAUCAACUUACACUGUUUGAAAAUCAGCUGCAUCUCAGAACAUUCCUGAUGUUUGUUAAGAAGAACUCUGUCAGAAGGUUAAAAUGUGUUUUUUAAAAGGCAACUUCAAAGUCUCUGCACCUCUCUGCUAAUAUUCAUUCACUGGUAAAUAGCUCUUCAGUGAGACGUGUUUCCAAAAGAGAUGGAAAUGAUAAAAUUCACUAAGUAAAGGCCCCAUAAAUUUCAACAAUACAUUUGUGACCACUGAAUUUUUGUGUACAAUAUAUAAUAGAAAUUUUAUCCUGCAGUGUUUCAACUUGUUUACAGUAGAUUGUGUCAUCUGCUGUUCCCAUAUGUAGUUAAGAUUGACCCAUAUUUUACGCUUGUGGCACUGUCGAACCAAAAAAACACUGUGGUAAUUAACAAAAUUAAAUAUCCCUUUUGAUAAUAAUAAUAAUAAUAAUAGUGUUUAAAUGUAGCUGAAUCUAAAAUUGAUCCAUUUUAUUCAUGAUAAUGUGCAUUUCCCAAAUUUCCUCACAGAACGUAGUGUUUUUACACAGAUGAAUUGUUUUUAUAUAAUUUGUAUUCAUUUUGUUUCUGUUGACUUUCUAAGAGUAGAGGGGGGGGAAACAUUUCUGCGGUAAUGGUCACUUUAUAUUCAAACGUUACAGUCUGACAUCGUAGACAAUCUAGGGAGAUAAAAACACGUUUUCUUCAUUCAUGUCGGUCGGUUUUUAAUGCUCCCGUAUUGUUCUUAUUUAUUUAGCAGUCUUUUUAGACCUUACUAAUCAAAUUGUAAAUACUCUUAAAAAAAAAACACACAUCGAGAAAAGAAUUAAUGACGGCAUUAGUGACUUGCGAUUGUAAAACCAGCAAUAAAUUGCAAUGCAGAGGCACUCGUUUUAAUGUAUAGCUAGUAUUUCUAAGGUUUCUCUGGAAACGGCCACAGUGAGGUGAUGAUUGAUUGAUCGAUUGAUUGAUAUGCAUUUAUCCAACAUUCCAGAUUUUGUACAUAAUUACCUGUUUCUGAAGUAACCUGUGGAAAAUAAACUAAUGCUCUUUAGCAA